GUCAGCUGCGCUGCAUGCAACUCGCGGACUGGUUGCCAGGCGCCACCAUCAACAUAUUUAUCCAUGCAGAGGUAGCACGAAUGCUCCUCUCUUAUCAAUAUAGUCAACAUCUGCUAGCUGAAGAGGACAUUGCCGAAUUGGACUAAACUAAAAUAAGUGCUUCAAGUUCCUCUAUUUCUGCCAACAAUCGAUCUGUGUUGUCCAAACAUAAGAAGAGACGUUAUUCGAGACGUGACCUUGGUUGGAGCGCAUCGAAAUCCAAGUAAGAUUUAACAUUUGUUUGCCAAAAAAAUCAUGUUUACAAAGCGGAUCCUAUGUGUAGGUCUAUGCAAUCUCGACAUCAUACAGCUGUGUGAAUCAUAUCCAAAAGAAGAUUCCGACCAACGCUCCAGUCGUAGCAUCUGGCAAAGGGGAGGCAAUGCUUCGAAUAACUGUACCGUGUUGGCGUUGCUGGGGGCCCCUUGUGAGCUGUUGGCAACAUUUGCCGAUGGUGAACAUUUUCGAUACGCUUUGGACGAUUUACGCACCCGCAAUAUAGGAAUCGAACAUUGUGUUCGUCAUCCCGGUUGCGAAGUUCCGCUUUCUACGGUGUGGCUUAGUCUUGAAACAGGUUCUCGAACGAUUGUUCACUCGAAUCCAAACCUCCCGGAGCUGACCCUGGGCGAUUUUCAGCGCUGUGACUUGACAAAUUACUCGUGGAUUCAUUUUGAGGGCCGCAGAAGUGCUUCAGUUAUCGCUGAAAUGAUCAAACACGUUAAGCAUUUCAAUGAAACUAACGAUUCCACGAUUAUCGUAUCCGUCGAUUUGGAAAAACCACGUGAUUCAAACCUUCUGUUGAUACCAAAUGCAGAUUAUGUAUUCCUCGGGAAAGAUUUCGCUCAGCACUUGGGCUACACUUCGUCGAAGGAUGCUGUUUAUGGAAUAAAACAAUCAAACCCAGGAAGGUAUACCGUUAUCUGUCUCUGGGGUGGAUCUGAUAUAAAUGCAUUGGACGUGGAUGGAACAUCUUAUACAUGUGGUGUGUUUCCACCCGAGAAAAUAAAAGAUAGUCUGGGAGCUGGUGACACGUUCUGUGCUGGAUGUAUAUUUAAGCUUAAUCAAGGAUCAGCUAUACCGGAAGCAAUCCAAUUUGGAUCUAGAUUGGCAGGUUCUAAGCUAGCGGAGUUAGGAUUCGAUCAUCUUAAAGUAAAUAUUGGUUAAAUAAGCUAAAAUUAUCCCGGCUUUCUCUAUGAUAUUUCACAAAUAAGAAAACUCAUCUGGGCUUCAAAACAUUAGCGCGUUUUAUGACUUUAUUUCUAUUUGUUAUCAAGACGCGCAAACUUGAAUUUUCAGAAAAUGCUACACCUAGGAAGUUACUUCAGAAUAUAAAUAAGAUUUUUGUGCUACAUUUACACCAAAGUUGUGCGAAUUUAAAAUCCUUCCAUCUUGCAGUUUGGAAAACAAAUAUUCGCAAAGACGCUCUCUCAUAUCCGCGCACGCAAUAUCGCAAAUCACUGUUGGUUGAGUUUUAUUUGAAACGCUACUCGAAAACAAAACAAAAAAAAACAAGCAUUCCUCGUAUCGACUUUCAUUCGGUUUCUAUCAUUUCAUAUUUUCUUGAGAAUUUAUAGUUUUUUUAAUCGAUCCGAUUGUUUUGAGAAGAAAAACGUUUUGAACAAUGUAAAAAUAUAUGUACACAUUAUUAAAUUUAUGCUUCUGUUGUUUCAUUUUUCCUGCUCGUUUGCA